AUGUUCAGCUUCGCUGGCGGGUCGGCACCUGCAUUCAGUUUUGCAGCCCCCUCGACGGCAGCCAGCCCCCAUUCAGACAAGGCAGCCUCCCCAGGCGAGCAAGACAGCAACGGCGCUCCAGCCUCCCCAACCUUCACUCCAGUGGCGUCCCUCCCGGCUGAGGUGCCACAAGCGACCGGGGAGGAGGAUGAGACCACGGUCUUUUCUGGGGAUGGCGUUCUCUUUGAGUUCGAUGCCUCCAAGCAGUGGCGGGAGCGGGGCUCCGGGGAGAUGCGGGUCAACCUCGGCAAGGAGAGCAAGCAGGGCCGGCUGGUGAUGCGCCAGCGAGGCAACCUUCGUCUGCUGAUGAACGCAAAUCUCUGGCCGGACAUGCCGGCGGCGCGCAUGGAGGGCGGAAAGGGCGUAACAUUCGCGGUCAUCAAUGCUGUGUCUGGGGAGGACGGGGAGGCGGCGGGCGAGGGGGCGCCUGCUCCCGCGCGGGAGGGCCAGCUGUCGACGUUUGCGCUGCGCAUCAGGAACCCAGACGUGCUGGCCGCGUUUCUCAUGGCCCUGGAGGCGCACAAGGCCGGUGCCAAACCAGCAGAGUGA